GCGGGCCAAUGGGGAGGGCGGUUGGGGAGGAGGGGACCCCGACUCCACAAGUGCCGAGCGCCGCUGUCAGGCGCGGGCAGCAGCAAGAUGACGGGCGAGCAGCGCGGACCCACAGCUCUCCGAGUGCCACUCCAUCCCGCCUGAGCGAGGCUGCGGUUCCCGAGACCUCUGCAGCCCAGAUCCUCGGGAAGCCUGGAUCUCCCCCGCUGAAGCACCGACGGCCAGCAGCAGGCUCUCUCUCCGCCUCGCCCUGCCCUCUAGCGUUCUCGGUGGAGCACUGCCACCCGGGCGCCUGGGGACGCGGAGCGCAGCAUGGGGCCCACCGGCUCGCCGCUGGUCAAGGCCCUCCGCCGCUCGGUCUCCGACUACGUCAACUAUGACGUCAUCGUCCGGCAUUACAACUACACGGGAAAGCUGAAACUUGGAGCAGAGGAGAGCGGCCUCAAGGUGACCUCGGUGGUGUUCAUUCUCAUCUGCAGCUUCAUCAUCGUGGAGAACAUCUUCGUCCUGCUGACCAUCUGGAAAACCAAGAAGUUCCACCGGCCCAUGUACUAUUUCAUCGGCAACCUGGCCCUCUCAGACCUGCUGGCCGGGGUGGCCUACGUCAUCAACCUGCUCUUCUCCGGGGCCAACACCUACAAGCUGACGCCCGUUCAGUGGUUCCUGCGGGAGGGGAGCAUGUUCGUGGCCCUGUCCGCGUCCGUGUUCAGCCUGCUGGCCAUCGCCAUCGAGCGCUACAUCACCAUGCUGAAGAUGAAGCUGCACAACGACAGCAACAGCUGCCGCUCCUUCCUGCUCAUCAGCGCCUGCUGGGUCAUCUCGCUGGUGCUGGGCGGCCUGCCGCUCAUGGGCUGGAACUGCGUGGGCGCGCUGCCCGGCUGCUCCACCGUGCUGCCGCUCUACCACAAGCACUAUAUCCUCUUCUGCACCACGGUCUUCACCGUGCUGCUGCUCUCCAUCGUCAUCCUCUACUGCAGGAUCUACUCGCUGGUCCGGACUCGCAGCCGCCGCCUCACCUUCCGCAAGAACGCGUCCAAGACCAGCCGCAGCUCGGAGAAGUCGCUGGCGCUGCUCAAGACGGUGAUCAUCGUGCUGAGCGUCUUCAUCGCCUGCUGGGCGCCGCUGUUCAUCCUGCUUCUGCUGGAUGUGGGCUGCAAGGUGAACACCUGCGACAUCCUCUUCAAGGCGGAGUACUUCCUCGUGCUGGCGGUGCUCAACUCGGGCACCAACCCCAUCAUCUACACCUUGACCAACAAGGAGAUGCGCCGCGCCUUCAUCCGGAUCCUGUCCUGCUGCAAGUGGCCCCGUGGGGAGGCGGCGGGCAAGUUCAAGCGCCCCAUCGUCGCCGGCGUGGAAUUCAGCCGCAGCAAGUCGGACAACUCGUCCCACCCCCAGAAGGACGAUGGGGACAACCCGGAGACCAUCAUGUCCUCUGGGAACGUCAACUCUUCUUCCUAACGCCGGAAGCUGCUGACCCGUGGGGAGUGUUCUUUCUUGCAUGGUCGCCCACCACCCAGGGUUUGGGAAACGUCUCUGUGCCUCAGUGCUGCGGGGGAGGAGCUGCGGAGCCAGGGAGGGUGGGAGAGGAAGACGCGCCUGCCCACCUGCCUGCCUGCCUGCCUGCCUGCCGGGUGGGGUCCUGGGUACAGUCAGUCCUGUGAACAAUGCACUGGGGAAGGGUGGAGAGCAGGUCCGAGCCCAGGAGUCUGUUUCCUCCCCGCACCGGAGCCUUGAUUUUGCACUGAGCCAAAGGUCUAGCCUUGUCACAUGCCCCAAGGGGCUCCCUUGGCCCUCCUCAAAGACCAAGGGCCCCUUGUGGGAGUGGCCGUCUGGAGCUUUGAAGAGGAGAUGUCACCUUUCACUUCAGUUUCCAGCCACGUGAGUGUGCGCCCUUCUGCUUCUCUGGCAAUGCUCCAGAGCCCACCCUCCCUUCCCCUUCCCCUUCCCCUACCUGGCGGCCGGUGGGGCCCCGGGGGUGUGGCACGGCCCGUUUCUCCAGCGUCCACAGCUGAUGGGCGGAGUCCAGGAGGCAGACUCAGAGGGGACAGUUUGCCGUGUCUGGCAGUUUCAUUUGCUGAGGCCAAAGUUUCCACGAAACCUGGAUCUGUUUUUUUGGAAUUUGGUUGUAGUCACUUUGAUGUUUUUGUGGACAUCUGUACAAUGGAAUGUGUCACAGUACCCUGCCCUUGUGGCUGGAAUCUGCCCAGGGAAGCCCAGCUCAUCGAAACGGUAUCAGCCAGGGUCCCGGGCGUCCUGGGAGAAACAAAGGCACAAAACAUGGUGAAAAGGGACCGAGGGGCGGACUUGGUGAACUGAGAGGGAUUCGCUGAUGAGUUCGCCUCAUGCCUGCCACAUCCGUCUUUGGCACUUUCGUUGAUGUUGUCAUUUCAGAGUGUGGUGUGGGUCACUGCAAUGGGACGGUUGGAUUUGGCUGUGUUCCAAGCGUUUUUCAUGAUCUUUGAAUGUAUUUGUUUCAGCAUUUCAUUGGGUUUUUCUAACCUGUGUUAACACCAGUGAAUGUGUACUUCUAAAGAAAGGAUCAUCACCCUUUUUGUGCCCUUUAAAGCAUUACUUUAACUGACGGGGACACGAGGAAUUUUCCAACUCAUUCCAUAGUUCAUGGAACAGGAGUGUAAAUGUUACAAAGAAUAAAAAUACAUUGCUGUUUGUUUAGAAUGGUUUUCAGUGCAAUUAAACCAAGAAAUGUCUUUUUUAAAAAAAAGUAUUUAAUAGGUUUCUGACUUUUGUGGAUCAUUUUGCACAUAGCUUUAUCAACUUUUAAACAUUAAUAAACUGAUUUUUUAAAA